AAAGCUGAAUAAAUUAAAUAAACCAGAAUAAAGCUGAAUAAAUUUAAUAAACCAGAAUAAAACUGAACAGAGAAAUUAAAGUGAAUUAAAUCCGUCUCUCACACACAAGAAAAAGAAAAACUCUGACAGCUGAUCAGAGGCUCGUGGAUGAGUGACCAUGUGAUUAGUUUCCUUUUAGUUUUUAAUCUGUGUGGAUGUUUUCAGCCUCUCCUCCUCCUCCUCCUCGGAGCACUCAGACGCGUCUAAUCCUCUUUUGAUGAACUUGGUUAAUGGACCCCUGCCGAGGCUCUUGGCUUCUGUUCAUUAAGCAGCACACGACCCCGUCCACGCCCCCGGAGCACGCCCUGCGCGCCCCCGCGGCUCCGCAGUGCAUAAAGAGAUGGAGGAGCGGGACCGAGCACCGACGGCUCCGGUUCCGGCUCCGAGGAAGAGGAGCGAUGCCUCCGCGUAAAAGUCUCUUUGCGUCGUUCAUCUCCGUGGACCCGGAGGGCGGAGGCGGCCCCGGGGCCCCGGCGGGCCUCCACGCUGACUUCCACGCGCUGCUCCGAGCGCAGGAGGAUCGACACGGGCCCGAGGCGCCGUGCGCCAUCGUGGAGCUCCGGCUGAGUCCCGGUGGGGGCGGCGGCGCGCUGCGCUACCUGCAGCCGGACAAGUGCGCUCUGGAGCGGGCGCAGAGGCGGCGGCGCCUCGCUGCCAACGCCCGGGAGAGGAGGAGGAUGCUGGGGCUGAACGUGGCCUUCGACCGGCUCCGGAGCGUCAUCCCGAACCUGGAGAGCGACAGGAAGCUGUCCAAGUCCGAGACCCUGCAGAUGGCCCAGAUCUACAUCAGCACCCUGAGCGAGCUGCUCCAGGACCAAGCCUGCGGACCAGCGAGGCCCCCCGGAGCCACGGCCACGCCGCCGGGGGACAUUCACCCCGAGGAGGACACGUAGAGGACACGUAGAGGACACGUAGAGGACCGGAGGGACCUGUAAAUCUGUCUCACUCAUUUCAAUUAACGACACAAACCUGUUGUGUACAUGUUUCUACAAAUUAUAAAUAAUAAUAAUAAAAUCUAUUUUUCUGAAACCUGUCA